AAAAAACGACGAGACAUUCAUUCAAACUUGCACGCUAACGCCGGAAAAUUCGCCAACUCGCGUACGUACGUAUACGUAUGUGAAUACGUAUCUACAGUCCUUCAACAUAAACAACGUAAAACAAGGAAAUACUUUUGGCAUGGACUCUGGCGUUUUCUUAAAAAUGUCGGUGCAGUGCGUAUCUCCGAAGAUUCCGGUGGGACCGUCGCUGAUACGUGCGAUCGGAGGCUCCGUGGAGGAGAGAACUACGUCUGGAUCUCUUCGUCCGAAGAAAACGACGCCGCCGCGUCGCCCCCUUGAGUUUCUCCGGAUCGGUGGUAAAGGAAAGAAGGAGACGGCUAUAGACGGCGCCGUUUUGUUGGAGAGAGAGGAGGAGGAGGAGGAGGAGAGAAAAGGGAACUGGGUUUUGAAGAUUCUGGAGGUCGGGUCUAUCUGGAAAGGGAAGAGGCAACGAUCAGGAGGCGGUGAUGGAGGAGAUGAGGAGAGAGGCUCCAAGAAGGAGGAGUUAUGCGUGGAUUGCGAUUUCUGCAGGAUCGAUGAUGAAGAGGAAGAGGAGGAGGAGAUGGUGUUUGAUCGAGAAAACUUCUCGAGGAUGCUCAUGAAGAUUCCUUUGGAUGAUGCACAGAUGUUUGCAAAGCUAUCUUAUCUGGGAAACUUGGCUUAUUCAAUCCCCAACAUCAAGCCUGAGAAUCUGUUGAAAUAUCAGAAAGUGAGAUUCGUGACUUCCUCAAUCGAGAAGAGAGCGAGUCUUGACCAACAGGAUGAGAAUAGCAAUGACAGCAACGAGGAGGAGAAGCUUAUCAAUCCAGCUGCUGCUUACAGAAUAGCUGCUUCUGCAGCAUCUCGUCUCUUCUCCCAUUCGAAAUCUGUGCUUCCUUUUGGACGCCGAGAGAACGAAGCCUCUCUAAUGGCCACUGCUGAUUCCGUUACAGCAGUCGUCGCAGCGAAAGAGGAAGCUAAGCAGGCGGUCGCCGACGACCUCAAGUCCAACCAUUCGCCUCCUUGUGAGUGGUUCGUAUGCGAUGAUGAUAAAAGUGGCACCAGGUUCUUCUUUAUUCAGGGAUCAGAUUCGUUGGCCUCAUGGCAAGCUAACCUUCUCUUCGAGCCAGUCCCAUUCGAGGACUUUGAUGUGCCUGUCCACAGAGGCAUAUACGAAGCUGCUAAAGGAAUCUACGAGCAGAUGUUACCUGAAGUUCAUGCCCACCUCAACUCCCGCGGCAAGAACCGCGCUUUUCUCCGGUUUAGCGGACACUCUCUAGGAGGAAGCUUGUCUCUGUUAGUGAACCUCAUGCUUCUGAUCAGAGGUCAAGUCCCAGCUUCUUCUCUGCUUCCGGUGAUCACCUUUGGUUCGCCUUGCAUCAUGUGCGGAGGCGACAGGCUUCUUCAGAAACUCGGGUUGCCUAAGAGUCAUCUUCUUGGAAUCUCAAUGCAUAGAGAUAUUGUUCCUCGGGCAUUCUCCUGCAGCUACCCUAACCGAGCCGCAAAGCUUCUCAAGGCGUUGAAUAGAAACUUCCGGAACCAUCCUUGUCUGAAUAACCAGAAUUUAUUGUAUUCUCCGAUGGGAAAGCUUCUAAUUCUGCAACCAUCCGAGAGAUUCUCUCCCCCACACCCUCUCCUUCCACCAGGAAGUGGUCUCUAUGUCUUAACAUCUAAGAACACCGAUGAAACAGAUAAAGGACUAAGGGCAGCAAAGACUGUGUUCUUGAACUCACCACACCCUCUAGAGAUUCUCAGCGACCGUCGCUCUUACGGGUCUGAAGGAAAAAUCAAAAGAAACCAUGACAUGAGCUCUUACCUGAAAGCAUUGAGGCAUGUGAUCCGUAAGGAGAUGAAGCAGAUAAAGGCUGAGCGGGAUCAAUGGCGGGUCAAGCUCUUAAUCGUAAACAUUAUAUGUGCUGGGAGAGAUUCCUUGAAACUCAUAGCUAGAUUCGUCGCAUCCAGGAGUAGUCAACUAGUGAUCAUCUUCUUCCUCUCCAUUAGAUUGAUAACUACGGGCGUCUAUGGUUUUAUAUUCCACCAUUCACACGCACAUUUUUUUAGUUUCUUUAAGUAAAACUUAGGCAUUACUCUUCUGUAAUAGUAUUCACACAUCAAUUAUUUCAGAAAAAAAGAAAA